UUUAAAAAGUUGUAAGAAUGAAGGAGUCGUAGGGACUUUUAUCUUAGCAGUAGUGACGGGUGCGCGCGCUGCGGUUCCCCUCGGGCGCAUCCGGCAUCAUGUCGGCAUCUGAGCGCGCACUCGAGACCCCAUCAGAUGGGAGCUCUCCUCAAUCCAAACAGGAAGUGGAGCUGAUUGCGCCUGUAAAGGGAAAACAGAUGGAAGACGUGACGGGACGUCCCACCACAUCCACUAAAUCAUUCCUAGGCAGUGCUGGUAAAAGCGGCUCUCCCUCCACCUCGUCUCUCUCGUCGCCGUCAUCAGCGUCCGGCAGAGCUAAAAUGAGCGUCUGCGGUCCGAGCAGUAAGACGACUCCGUCCUCCUCCUCAUCCUCAUCACUCUCCUCAUCCUCAUCCUCCUCAGCUCAGUCUUCAGCCGGUCCUCCUGCUAAAGUCCACCGUGCACGCAAGACCAUGAACAGACCGCCGUUCCCACAGAUGAAGUCUGUUGAGACGAUCGCAGCAGCUACACCUGAGAAAACCGUCAACAACGAGAAAACAUAGACUCUGACGCAG